AGGAGCGACUGAGAUCUACGCUACACGCUCACUCACAGCUCAAAUCACAGUAGUGAUGUUCCCCAGCAGCGUGUAACAGGCAGAUCUCGCAAACUUCAGAUUGAUCUCAUCUCAAGAAAUGUUACUACUGAAACCUUUCAGUCUAGAGAGACGUCUUAAAGUGACACGCGUCCUUUAAAUUCGAAUGCCUACUGUACAAGUCCGUGCGUGAAAAGGAAAUAAGUUUAAAGAUGUCUGUCAGUAAUCACGAGAACCGAAAGUCGAGGUCAAGCUCUGGGUCCAUGAACAUCCAGCUAUUCCACAAGACAUCACAUGCAGACAGCCUGCUUAUCCAACUCAACCUCCUCCGCAAGCGACGUGUCUUAACGGAUGUAGUCCUGCGUGCUGGAAAUCGAGCAUUUCCAUGCCACCGUGCGGUUCUGGCUUCAUGUAGCCGCUAUUUUGAGGCCAUGUUCAGCGGUGGUCUGAAGGAGAGUCGAGAUGCUGAGGUCAACUUCCAUGACUCUUUGCAUCCGGAGGUUUUGGAGCUCCUUCUAGACUACGCCUACUCCGCCCGGGUGAUCAUCAAUGAGGAAAAUGCAGAGUCUUUGCUGGAGGCUGGCGACAUGCUCCAGUUCCACGACAUCCGUGUCGCCGCUGCAGAAUUUCUGGAGAAGAAUCUGCAUCCGUCUAACUGCCUUGGAAUGAUGCUUCUGUCCGAUGCUCAUCAGUGUCAGAGGCUGUAUGAACUUUCUUGGCGAAUGUGUCUGGCUAAUUUUGCUAAUCUAUACCACACUGAAGACUUCCUAAACUUGCCCAAAGAUAAAGUUCAAGAGCUUGUUUUUAGUGAGGAGCUGGAGGUUGAGGAUGAAUGUAUUGUGUACGAGGCUGUUAUUGACUGGGUUAAAGCAGACAUCGGAAGGAGACACCUUGAUCUUCCCGACCUCUUGCGGUGCAUUCGACUCGCCCUGCUCCCGGAAACCUACCUGCUAGAGAAUGUCGCAUCUGAAGAGCUUGUCAUGGGACACAAGGUGGGCCGUAAGAUUGUGGAAGACGCUGUCCAUUGCAAAAUGAAGAUCUUGCAGAAUGACGGCGUUGUCACAGGCUUCUGCGCCCGACCCCGAAAAGUCAGCCAAGUUCUUCUGCUUCUAGGAGGCCAAACGUUCAUGUGCGACAAAGUAUACAUGAUUGAUCACAAAACAAAGGAGAUUACUCCCAAAACGGACCUUCCUAGCCCUCGCAAAGAGUGUAGUGCUUGUGCAAUUGGCUGUAAAGUAUAUGUCACAGGUGGUCGAGGGUCUGAAAAUGGGGCUUCAAAAGACGUUUGGGUCUACGACACCUUGCAUGACGAAUGGUCCAAAGCUGCACCAAUGCUCGUCGCUAGAUUUGGACAUGGUUCAGCAGAACUUGACCACAGCCUGUAUGUAGUAGGUGGACACACAUCCCUUGCAGGGUCAUUCCCUGCGUCCCCAUCUGUGUCUCUCAAACAAGUGGAGCAGUACAACCCCCAAUCGAACAAGUGGACACUAGUUGCCCCUCUCCGAGAGGGUGUGAGCAAUGCUGCUGUUGUAGGGGCCAAAAACAAACUCUUUGCUUUCGGAGGGACUAGUGUCAACAGGGACAGGUAUCCCAAGGUUCAGUGCUUUGACCCCUGUGAGAACAGGUGGACUGUCCCGGCCACUUGUCCUCAGCUCUGGCGUUACACCGCGGCAGCAGUUGUAGGGAACCAUGUUGUGGUCAUUGGUGGAGAUACUGAGUUCUCUGCGAGCUCCGCGUACCGCUUCAAUAGUGAGACGUUCCAAUGGACCAAGUUUGGUGACGUGACUUCCAGGAGAAUCAGCUGUCAUGCAGUGGCAUCAGGGAAUCGCCUCUAUGUGGUUGGGGGCUACUUUGGGGCACAGAGGUGUAAAACCUUGGACUGCUAUGACCCGUCAACAGACUCAUGGGAUAGUAUAACAAGCAUACCAUACUCACUUAUCCCAACAGCAUUUGUCAGCACCUGGAAGUACCUCCCAUCUUAAAGAAAAUGUGUCUCUUAUUUGAUCUUCCGACGUUCUUUUGGAAUGUGGCUCAGUUCCCCCCCACGAGGUAUGGGAAUGCCGGGGGAGGCAUUUUACUAGUUUUGUUCACAAUCACAUGGACCUUGCGCUGGAAACCAAGCCUUAGGUCAGUCAAGUGUCUAACUAUGUCAACUGGAGCCCGUCCCAGCACACCGCAGUCCUGACGGAGAGAUGCAGAAAGCAUUGUGAACGCAUUUGUACAUAAACUUACUAGGCAUAACUCUUUAAAACAGGUUAUUUUUAGCCUGAGGUUCCAUGCUUCAGCGUCUUGCUCACUUAACAUGGAUCCUGCACAGUCAUAAAUUAAGCAAUAAUUAACCCUUGCCUCUGGUUACUCUCUUUAGCGUAUGAAACUGGGCUCACUGUGCUCUUUGUAGACUUGGGUGACCUUUGAAAGAGAAACUGAAGACAGAAUUGUUGAAUAACUAGUUAGGCUUUUGUAUAGAAUGUUUAUUUUUUAUUGUUGAAUUUUUUUCAUAAGAAUAAUUAAAAACACUUCUCUGAUUAGCACUGUAUUCUUGUUAUAAAAGUACUAGACAAAUAGCCAGGCUGGGCUAAUAGACAAGUUUGGGUGGUAUGUCACCCCCAAAUGAUAAGAUAUUAAGUCUGUUUUUAAAUGGGAUGCAUUGUGGUAUUAUUUUCAAGGCAAUUAAAGCAGAUUCUCAUUACCGUAAUGCAAAAAUGUCAUUACCUUCUUGAAAAAGAACAAGAAUGUAAUUUUUUAAAGUAUUUAAGCAUAUCCAGAUUUGAAUUGAAACUACUUAAAAUAAAUACUUAAAAAUCCUAGACAAAUUACGAUAAUGAGGAAAAUGCGCUUAAUUGUUGUGAAAUUAAUGUCAAAAUGUGACAAAAGAAGAAACAAGUAAGAAGUAAUAUUUUGCAUAAAGACAAUGAAGCCUAGUUUUAAAUAGUUUGCAUCAUGACAUUAUUUUCAGGGCCAUUAAAGCACAUUUCCUCCCUAAAUUCUCAUUACCGUAAUGCAAAAAAACCAUUACCAUAAUGCCAAAGAACAGGAAUGUAUUUCAUAUUAUUGAAAGUCAUAUGCAGAUUUUAAUUUUAAAAAACAAAAAUAAAUACUUAAUCCUGGACAAAUUAUGGCAAUGAGGAAAAUGUACUUAAUAAUCACAAAAAUGGUACAAUGCGGAUAAAAAGAAGAAAGAAAUAAGAGAUUACAUUUUGCAUAAAGAAAAUAAAGGCUAGUUUUAGAUUGUUUGCAUUAUGGAUUUAUUU